AUGGCUGAAACGACCGGGUUUCGAACGCCCGAGAUGAACUGGCAAGCUACAGAUUUGCCUGAUGAAUUUGCAAAGUUUAAACAGUACUGUAGUUUGAUCUUUGCUGGCCCGUUCGCCGAGAAGACCGAGAAAGAACAAGCCUCGUUCAUUCUUCUAUGGAUUGGAAGGCAAGGGAUCGAGACCUACAAUAGUUGGUCGUGGGAAGACGAUUCCGAAUGUAUGAAACCAAGUAAAAUUUGGGAGCGGUUCGAAAGGCAUCUAGCGCCGAAAGUGAACCAUCGUCUAGCAAGGUAUCAAUUACAGCACUUAAAGCAGAUGCAAGAAGAAUCUAUUGAUGAUUUCAUGACUCGUUGUCGAAAUCAGGCUACAAAAUGCAGGUUUAGAGAUGUUACUGAGAUAAGUGAGCGCUUGAUUGAGCAGUUAAUUAUCGGUUCUAAACACAAAAAAGUACAAGAGCGAUUGUUAUCCAAAGGGGAAUCUCCCACGUUAGACGAAGCAAUGGACGUUUGCAGAACUUACGAAGCUACGCUGACACAGAUGGGUCAACUUGACAGUGGCCAAACGAAGGAGAUUCAUGGUAUGCGCAGUGAUAACAAGCCGAAAAAAUGUGGCAAUUGCGGGGGAGGGCAUCUUAGUAAUCCGAAUAUUAAAUGCCCUGCCUACGGAACUGAAUGUAAGAAGUGUGGAAAAGCUAAUCAUUGGGCUAGAGUUUGUCGUUCGAAGCGAGAGCUGCGAAGUCUUUCACGACGACAAAGACCAACUUCGAGAAGUCGUUCAAGUUACAAGAAUAGUGAGCAUGGUGAAAAAUCGAAAACAACUAGGGGUAAAGAUCAACAAUACAAAGAUAUAAACGGCCAGUUCGAAGCAAUAACAUUCGAGUCGAUAUCCGUGAAUACCGUUAAACCCGCUCAGAAUGAAGUCUUCGUUACUGUGAAGGUAGACCUGAAUCGGGGUGUCAGUUGCUCAACAUCACUGAAAGCCAAGCUCGAUACAGGAGCUCAAGGAAACAUUCUACCACUAAGACUGUUUCGACAAAUGUAUCCACGGUAUGUUGCAGCAAGCGGCUUGCCUAAAUCAGGGAGUCUUGAGAGUUCUACAACAGUGUUGACAGCAUAUGGGGGGACAAAGAUAGUACAAUAUGGCAUUUGUAAGAUACCCUGUCAGUUCCAAAAUCGGAGAUCAGAAGCGGCAUUCUAUGUUACCGAGGCAGAUGGCCCAGCAAUUAUUGGUCUUCCAACAUCAUUGGAGCUUGACUUGGUUACAUUGAACUGCUCGGUGCAGAAGAGUCCGGAUGCUCAACCCACCCCCGAAACCCUUCCUGUAAAACCUAUUGGCAACAAGGCUGAUCUGAUGUCACAAUACCCUGGAUGUUUUGAUGGGAUUGGGAAGUUGCAAGGUCAAUAUCACAUCACCUUGGAUCCAUCAAUACCCCCAGUUGUCCACACACAGAGACGCGUGCCAUUGAGUUUGCGUGACGAUAUCAGAAACGAGCUGACGAAGAUGGAGAGCCAAGGUGUGAUUAAUAUUGCUAAAAUUAAAGAGGGGGAACCAACUGCAUGGGUUAAUAGCUUGGUGUAUCGUCGGAAAGCAGAUGGAUCGCUGAGAAUAUGCCUUGAUCCAAAGGAUUUGAAUAAAGCCAUUCUGAGGGAGCAUUAUACAAUACCUACUUUAGAAGAAAUUCUCCCAAAGCUUACUGGAGCUAAGUUGUUCUCGAUAGUAGAUGCUAAGUGUGGGUAUUGGAACGUAGAGUUAGACAAGAAGUCGAGCUACUUAACAACGUUUAACUCACCAUACGGACGUUAUCGGUUUUUACGGAUGCCGUUCGGGUUAAAAAUGUCUCAGGACGUUUUCCAAGCAAAGAUAGACCAGACGUUUGAAGGCUGUGAAGGCGUGGUUGGCAUCGCUGAUGAUAUUGUGGUUUUUGGAAGGACCGACGUCGAGCAUGAUCGGCAUAUGCACGAAAUGAUGACAAAAUGUCAAGAGACGGGGCUGAAGCUGAAUCCUGACAAGUGUAAAAUUAAAGAAACGAAGAUCAAAUUUUAUGGUGUUAUGUGCAGUGAGAACGGAAUUCAACCGCAUCCUGCCAAGGUAUCUGCCUUACAGAAUAUGGCACCUCCAUCCGAUAUCCAAGAGCUUCAAGCUUUUCUCGGGUUAGCAACUUAUAUGAGUCCGUUCAUUCAGAAUCUCAGUGAUUUAACAGCACCGCUACGUGACCUGGCGAAGAAGGGGAACGUUUUUGAAUGGAAUCCAUCCCGUCAGGUGACGUUUGAAGCUAUCAAGCGUCUAAUCAGCGAUGAUUCAACAUUGGCUUAUUACGAUCCUGAGAAAGAAAUUACUCUUCAAGUCGACGCAUCCACAAAAGGCCUGGGAGCUACGUUACUCCAAGAGGGGAAACCGAUCGCUUUCGCUAGUAAAAAGUUGACUGAGACAGAGGCACGUUAUGCAAAUAUCGAACGAGAGCUACUGGCGGUAGUGUAUGGAUGUGAGCGAUUUCACACAUACUUGUUUGGGGCGAAGUUUCGUGGUUGA